GGGGAGCCUCUUUCAUUCACGGCCACAUUCUGGAUUACUACAACAUCUGCAGAGGAGCUCCUUCUUCGGAGUCUUCGGACGGAAACGCAGAGGAGGAGUGCGCCCACUAAACCCUCGCCAUCCUUUUCUGUUUUUUUUGACAAAAAAGAAAAACAAAGUAAGAAGAAGAAUGAAAAUGCCAGCGGAGGAAAUCCUCAAGGAGGGAGACCUAGAGAAGAGGAGCGACAGCUUCCUCCAGUUCUGGAAGAAAAAGACGUGCGUCCUGACCAGGGACAGUCUCAACAUUUACGCGGACGUAAAGCGCUCCAAGGUCAAGGAGCUCAAGCUGCAGUCCAUCAAGAAGGUGGACUGCGUGGAGCGCACCGACAAGUUCAUGUACUUCACCAUCGUCACCAAAGACAAGAGAGAGAUUGACUUCCGGUAUCCCGCGGAGCAAGCCGGCUGGCACGCGGAGAUCACGAUGGCCCUGAUCGACUACCAGAACAGGGAAGCCGUCCAGGACUUCAAGUCACGGCAGGACAACGAGAGCGCGUUCCCCGGACAGGAGAAGCGCAUGGCCAGGGCGCCGUGAGCCGCGCCGCGCCGAGGCGCAGGAUCGGAACUGCUCCAAAUAUGAGUCUCCAAGGACCAUUGAGGAAAAAUGGGAAAACGGAUCAACGGAAGCCUUCGUCAUCCGGUCCAGAGAGGAAGGACCGUUCGGGCCCGGGUUCCCUCAGAGACGGGACAGCUGGUCCAAAUGGACUCAUGAACUUUUAGAAGCUCAAAGAGGACUGAAUUCUCUGAACCGUUUCAUGUUUACUCUUCACAGAGAAGUGGCGCCUGAAAUCAUGUUAAUUUAUUUUUUUGUGUGUUUCCAGGAUCUGUGGUGUUACUGGUAAACUGCUUGUGUUUAAAUUAUUUUUUUCUGCCUAAAUGUGGUUUAUUUAAAUAAAUAUCUAUUUGCUUUUACCAUCA